GUGUCGAGCCUGAAAGCGGACAACGAGGAGCCGGAGCAGACAGACAGACACAGGCGGACGGACCCUGCCACAAGCGCCACAAACAGCCGCUCCCGUAGUCGUUUCUGACCCGCGGCCAGUGCCGGUUGUCGGUUUGAGGAUUUACACUCAGCUCUCGGUGUUUGAUUUUGAUGAUUUUCCUCCAUUGUUUGUCGAAGUUUCCGACUGUCACGUUUUAGUUACGGACCUUCACCUCGCCUGUCUGUGGAAUUAAUCGUUUUAAGUCAAACCCCAAAAAUUGAACGGUGUGAUAGUGUCUGCGUGUGUGCAGCUGUUUUUUGGGUUUUGUUUUGUUUUGUUUUGCUUUGUUUUUUUUGUUUUGCUUAGUUUUUUUGGGAGUGUUUUCUUAACGGACCGGUGACGGUAACCGUAACAUUUGGACCUGCCUUCGCCAUGGGGAAAUAGCGGGGAUCGCUCUCUGUAGCCGACCCCGUGUUUUUGACUCUUAUUCUUUUCUUUUUUUUUUCAUGGUCGUUUUUAAAAGACAGAGCUCAGGUUUUUUUUUCUAAAAAUAAUGAGUAUGGAUGGCUGUCCGUUAAAGGCGGUGAUUUUUCUGUGGUGUCUGCUGGUGAUCUCUGGCUCCAGCUUUGAGAUAGGCUCCUACGACCUGGAGCGAGGCAGACCGGCCAAGUGCGAGCCCAUCGUGAUCCCCAUGUGCGAGGGGAUCGGCUACAACCUGACCCGGAUGCCCAAUUUCAUGGACCACGACGACCAGAAGGAGGCUGCCAUCAAGCUGAAAGAGUUUGCCCCUCUUGUGGCUUACGGCUGUGAUGUGCACCUCCGCUUCUUCCUCUGCUCCCUCUACGCCCCCAUGUGCACGGACAAAGUGUCGACCUCCAUCCCCGCCUGCAGGCCCAUGUGUGAGCAGGCCAGGGAGAGGUGUGCCCCCAUCAUGAAGAAGUUCAGCUACACCUGGCCGGACUCCCUCGACUGCUCCAAGCUGCCCACCAGGAACGACCCGAAUGCUCUGUGCAUGGAGGCGCCCGAGAACGAAACCAGGACGGAGGGUAAGAAAGGGGAAGGCAUGCUUCCGGUGCCCCCUCGCCCCAGGCAGCCGGGCACCAGCGGUGGCCGCUCGCCGGGCAGCAUGGGCUCCUGUGAGAACCCAGACAAGUUCCAGUUUGUGGAGAAGAGCCAGUCGUGUGCACCGCGCUGCUCCCCUGCAGUGGACGUCUUCUGGUCCAGACAGGACAAGGACUUUGCCUUCAUUUGGAUGACAGUGUGGUCCAUCCUUUGUUUCGUCUCCACUGCCUUCACCGUCCUGACCUUCCUCUUGGAGCCUCACCGCUUCCAGUACCCAGAGCGGCCCAUCAUCUUCCUCUCUAUGUGCUACAACGUCUACUCUGUGGCCUUCAUCAUCCGCUCGGUGGCCGGGGCUGAGAACAUCGCGUGUGACCGUGAGCACGGUGAGCUGUACAUCAUCCAGGAGGGGCUGGAGUCCACCGGCUGCACCAUCGUCUUCCUCAUCCUCUACUACUUCGGCAUGGCUUCCUCUAUCUGGUGGGUCAUCCUCACCCUCACCUGGUUCCUGGCUGCAGGGAAGAAGUGGGGCCACGAGGCCAUCGAAGCCCACAGCAACUACUUCCACAUGGCUGCUUGGGGCAUCCCUGCUCUAAAGACCAUCAUCAUCCUCACAAUGAGGAAGGUGGCUGGGGACGAGCUGACAGGGCUGUGCUAUGUAGGGAGCAUGGACUCUGGGGCGCUCACCGGCUUUGUCCUCGUCCCUCUCUCCUGCUACCUGAUCAUCGGCACCUCUUUCAUCCUCACGGGCUUUGUGGCGCUCUUCCACAUCCGCAAGGUGAUGAAGACGGAGGGCACCAACACAGAGAAGCUGGAAAAGCUCAUGGUGAAAAUCGGCAUCUACUCCAUCCUCUACACGGUGCCGGCCACCUGCGUCAUAGUCUGUUACUUCUACGAGAGGCUCAACAUGGACUACUGGAAGCUGAGGGGGCUGCAAAUGAAGUGCGGCUCGUUCAACGGUCACAGCAGCGACUGCUCGCUGCAGACGUCCGUGCCCACCGUGGCGGUGUUCAUGCUGAAGAUCUUCAUGUCGCUGGUGGUCGGCAUCACCAGUGGGGUGUGGGUGUGGAGCUCUAAGACCCUGCAGACCUGGCAGGGCCUGUGCAGCAGGAAGCUGGCAGACAGGACUAGUAGUAGGAAACCCUGCAGCGGGGUGAGCUGCGGCAGCACACACUGCCACUACAAAUCUCCUGCUGUGGUUCUGCACAUGGCCAAGACUGACCCGCACUCAGACAACCCCACACACGUCUGAGAGGGAGCACGCAUCAACACACACACACACAUUCACACUGCCAAAUGCAGGCACGUACGCUCGCAAACACACGCACACACACACACACACACACACAUACACACACCUGUGCCCUGUGUAAGGAGCUGCUAAAGACUGCUAAAGAAGAAGAGUGGCUGAAUUGAACUGUCAGUUACUCCUCUACUGCUGCCAAUGGACACACAGGUACAGGCAUCACUAUGAGAAACUAGCUAUAAACAGUAUUCAAUGCAUAAAGGGAAAUAUUCAGUAUUGUUACCGAUAUUUUUCUGUUCAUAGUGUUCUGUGCAGUAGACAUGCCCAAUGUUUUCAAAGGAAAAAAAAAAAAAAGACUGUUAUGGGAGGCAUCUUAGGAAAUAUUAGUCUAUCCUCCUCCCUGAAAGUGGCAUGAUUAACUGUAUAAAUCUGUAUAAAUGUUUUAUUUAUUGUAAAUAUAUUUAAUUUAAAGUUCACCUUGGCUCUUACCAGAUUUGUCGUUUAGAUGCAUUCAUUAAAGGUCAAGGGAAAUUAAGUGCCUUUUAUAGGAACUUUGGUUCUGGCCUUUUGGAGGAUAAUAAAUUUGUGGAAUUCACGUUGAACUUUCUCGCUGCCUGGUAUCAUUGUUGUCGUUUUGGUAACUGUCUCGCAGCCUCUCAUAAUGAAUAUUUAGCCAUUUAAACUUACUUAAACAGAGAUGUAAUAGUCACAAACGAUGGCUCAUUUCAGUCUUGUUUUCCCUGAUUUUCCUGCCAUUCGUCUCCUGGGAUUUACACACUUUUUUUUUUUCACAGCGGGACUCCCCGCCAUAUGUGUUGUCUUCCGAGUGCAUGCCACACAUCCCAGAGGCGCCCCCAACAAAAAUCCUCAAAGAGAAUUGCUGAUGAUUACAGUGACAAACCGGUAGCAAGCAUUAAUAUGUGUGUGUCAUUGUCUUAAAAAUGCAGGAGCAGUUUGUGGAGGAAUAUAUUUAAUUGAUGGCGGUUUUAAUCCCUCCUUAGAAUGACUGUUGUUGCCCUCUCACUGCUCCAUUUGAUCCCCGAGCAAACACACGGCACUUUGAUUUGAGAGUACAAAUCUGAAGUGGAUUUCAGCCUUAUUGCUUGUUUUUUACUGACAGACUUAAGUUUAGCACGGCCACUCAAAAUUCUGGUUGUUCAUCGAGUCGAUGGAUUAUUAACUGUACCUGUAUGGGAGCUGUAUUUUGACAUGAAUGAAGGGAAUUCCAGGACACAAAAGACCCAAAUUUCCAUAUUUAAACAUUUGAAUUUGAUAUAUUUUUAAGCAUUUUUUUUGGUGAGAGAAACAAUGCAUCAUAAAUCCUUCAGAAACUACCAUGAGGUAUAAAUAAUCACCGACUGAUUCACAGAAAAAGAAUGUAUAACAAUAUUUUCUUUAAAUAAAUAUCCCUAAAUUGGGUCUUGCAACUAA